AUGAAUAUGAGCAAGAGUGAGAUAGCAAAAGAAAUGUCAUUAAAACCGUCCCGGAGAUCCCUGCCUUGCCUUACCCAGAGCUACGCUUACUCAAAGAGCUUGAGCCAAUCUACUUCACUCUUCCAGUCAAUUGAGAGUGAAUCACAGGCUCCCACUACUGUUACCUCAAUCUCCGCUGACAAAGCAGAGCAAGUUAACCCAGAGGAGGAUAAUAAAGACUCAGUGCUCAAAUGUUCUUUUGCUGACCUCAGUGAUUUUUGUUUGGCACUCGGAAAAGAUAAAGAUUACAUGGAUGAUUCAGAACAUGUUAAUUAUGACCGAUCUCGGCUUAUUAAAGACUUUGUUCCCAAAGGUAAUCCCGACAACAAGACAAGAUUGCCUAAGGUAAUGCAAACUAAACUAUCAGUGAAUCAUUUGAAUACCAUAAUGAGUUUAAAAGCCUUUCAGUUAUUUUCAAUAUUAAUCUAUAUUGUGCUGGAAAAUAUAAGAUGGCACACCUUCAUAUACAUCUUUAAGGACUCAAAAGUGAAAAGUUACGUGUAG